AUGCCAUUUGGAAUACCAACCGACCUCACCUGGGACAUCUCAACGUGCCCAAACGAAGAGCUUCAAGCCGGCGAGGACUCCAAAAUCAUCGUCUCCAGAUCUUACCCAAACAAAAUCGAACUUGGCUGGCAAUGCAUUUACCACAUUUACGCGCCCGAUAUUGAGCAGCGAAUUUUGAUUGAAUUUGAGGAUAUUCUGCUGAGCCCGAUUUGCGAGGAGCAAAAUAUAACUGUCAUCGACGGAGAAACGCAGCGGGAGCUAGGGCCACUUUGUGACGAUCGACCGCCGCCAGAUUUCGUCUCUGACAGUGAUGAAGUCAUCAUAAAAGCCUUCGUCUCGGAAACCUCCUCCUCCGACAUGCCAACUCGAGGAUACAUGUUCAAGUAUCGUUGGGUCGACAAAGACUACGCCCAAUCCCUAGAACACUUGAUCAAUGAAUUCACCAACGCUGCGUAUGAAGAUCAGGCGGAAGGAAAUCAUUUCGGCUCGUGGAAUCGCCGCGGCGGAAGAAUGCCAAUAACAAGAGCGCCGCUGCCGAAUUCAGGCUUCGAUAACUUUGGACCGCGGAAAAUGACUCCGCCGGAUUUUGAUGGACAGAGCUUUAGCACGUCUGGCCCAAAACGUCCGCAAAUAAACAACCAACCAUCCCUCAACGUACCAGUUUACCGAUCAGAUGGGGGAAUGAUAGAUAAAAACGGAAAGCUGAACCUAUAUCCUCCUGGCUCUCCCCUCGGGCCUCCAGUGCCAACUCGCAGAACUCAGACUCGAUCGCCCUCAAUUCCAAUAACAACUGAAGUCGCUCAGACUUCUUGCACUCAAGGGCCGCUUCAAAUCUUAUAA